GACGUCCCGCAGGAAGAAGGAACUAUUGACGUGAGUCAUUACUGAUUACUGAUGUGUUCACACUACUGACGUCAUUAAAAGACGGUUUAAUGAAGUGGGGGGGUUUUAAUCGGCAGCUCUGAGCCAGUGGGAGCACCAGAUGCCGGGAGAAAUGGCGGCAAUAUCAUCACAGCAAGACAGCCUUUCAGAGGGUAAAAGUGCUGCCAAAUCACAUAAACAAGACAUGAAGAGAAGGAAGAAGGGGACACAUCAAAGCCCUUUCAAAGUGCCAGACAGUAAUAGCAUUUUUCUACUGAGUGUAAAUGAAAAAGAGGAGCAAAAAGAGGAGAUGCGGAAAUUCCUGGCUCUGCCAAUUGAUAAGAAGACGACCCACACUGCACGUAUGAUGGCCAAGCUGAAGAAAGAACUGGUGGGAGAACUGGAGGAGGUGGUGGAGGAGGAGGAGGAGGAGGAAAAGGAGAAGAAUCUAAGACAAACCCAGAGUAAAACAACUAAACAAACACAGAGAAGACAUGAGCUGAAGAUGGCCAUGAUGAAACGAGAAAACGUUACAAAAGACAGCAAACAUGACUUAAUCUCCAUGGAGCGGAUGAAGGCAGUCUUGGAGUUAUCUCUGAUGACGAGGAGGUGUGAGAUUCAGAAGAUGGACAAAGCUAUUGAGAAAGAGGACAGACAGCUCAAACAGCUCGAAAAGAUCAUUGAGAGGGACAAUCUGAGCUUUGAGGAGUUCCUCAGGGAGAAUGAGAAGAAGUCUGUGGAGGCCAGAACUUUUUUUGAACGAGAAGCUAAGUCCAAACAGGAGAAGAACACAGAGAUCAAGAAGCUGACUGCUGAAAUAGGGACCCUCAAAAGUGAAAUUGUCAAGUUUGAAGAAAUCCUGGUGGACUACAGGAGAUACAAGGAGCUUCUGUUCAAGCUGUCCCCUCCUGAGUGGCAGGAGGCCCAGAGAGCUAAGACUGUGAAAGUUAAAGUCCUGUGUGACAAAGACACACAGGACAAGCAGAAGAAGGAGUCGAGGGAGUCCGCUAUUGCAAAUGAUUUGGAGAGCAAGGUGUCCAGUCCAGGUAAUGAGCAGUCCUUCAUCAGAGAGACCAGGCUGUCUUCAGUCCACAGCAACACACUGAACACAAACGCUGGUCCAGGUGGCGACAGCUCAGAGUAUGAGGAUGAGCCAGAACUGUACUUCUCUGAUCCCCAACAACUUCUAGAUUUGGUGAAUGAGCUGACGGAGCAGAACUUGUCCCUGAUUCAGAACUCCACACGGUUGGAGGAGAUGUUGGAGGAGCUGCAACAGUCCAUGGUGAUAGCCAGGAAGAAGAUUGAAAAGGACGAAGAGCAGUUGACACGACAGAUAACCGACAUUAACCAGAGAAUCGUUAAAGAGAAGGCAAGAGGUAACAGGCUCAAACAGAAGGUUCAGCUCCACGUCUCAUUAAACACUGAGGACCAGGACAUGCUGCUCGAUAAUCUUGGAGAAAAGGUGGCAGAGGUGCAUCGCAGCUGUGUGAACGACAGAAUGACCAACCUCAGCACCUUGGAGAAGCUGGCCAGUAUUGAGAACCACCUGUCUCUGCUGCUGCAGAGCCUUGAGAGCAUCCCAGAGGAAAGCUUGGUGAUGAUGAAGAAGAUAAAGGACAGUGAGAGGAGGAGCAGGGAGCGUGAAGAAAAGCUGAGAGAGCAGAGAGAGAAACAGAAAGAGAGGAUGAGAAGGUAUAUGGAGCGAUCCCUGGCUGACUCCAAGAAAAUAAGUGGGAGGAAGCUCAUGCCCAGAUGUAUGCCUGUUGUCCAGAAAGUCAGAGUCAGGAAUGUGGAAAAAAUCCCUGCUGAGGACGAGCUGCAUGCUUACCUCUUUACUUCUGAGGACACGGAGUAAAAUGUCUCUGACUCAGCAGCUGAGGAGACACAAUAUUACCCACUACAAAGCAAAUGAUCAUAGCAUAUGUUUACCUUUUAAAACGAAAUUUGGCCAGCCUCAGUAGCAUGCCAUUAGUUUUUGGUGUCAUAGAUAUUUGUUAAAUAAUCUCUUUCUCAGGUGGUGGAGUGAAAGCUUCUGAUGUUGAACAAUGUAAUUUCAUUGAUUUUUGUAAACACCCAUCACUUCCUGUUUUUUUAGUUAACCCUUAUCAUUUGCUGAUUCACAUUUUACAUAUGUUCUCAUUAUUAAUGUUUGUCAUCACCAGACUUUUCUGUCUUGUGCUUUUUAAUUUGACUUUUUGUCAUUUUAAUGCUAUCAGUGGUCACAUGAUCACCAAUUAUAUUUGUUUCAGCGCAAACUCAGGGGAAAGAUUUUAAAGUGCUCAGUGAUCAUUCAACUCCUCUAAAUAAAUGACGGCUUAUACUUUUC